AUGAUCUCUUCCUGCCUUCGCAAGGCCUACGCACGCGCCGAGGUACCACAGUUCCAGGUGGCGUGGUGGCGCCAGGCUGCUACUUCCAUCACCAAGGAGAAGUUCAGCGCCAAGGAGCGGGCCAACUUUGACCUAGAGGAGAUCGCGGCAGCUAAGGAAGUCAAGGAUAAGGCGGCCCUCGCGGACCUAGCCGGAAUAAGCAACCACAGCUACCACACAUUCAACCAUGCCUAUGCUAGCAGCACGACGCUAACAAUGAGCACGCUCCUCCAUCGCGCCUACCGGGCAUCGCAGAGCUAG